AUGACCACCCCAACGAACGAAACGUCCCGGAGGGCCAUCAAGGGCCACGUCAGACGCUGGAUCCACAACAUCCAGCAAUACGACAUCGUACAAAUAGACCUAACAAUCUACAAUAUAUUGCUAGGAGCUGAAACCAGUCUAAAAAGCAUGCAAGCUAAAUACAAUCGACUCUCAGAGGCGGUCGCCAGAGACAUGGAAGCAUCAAACGCGACCCGUGCACAAUUCGAUGCCGAGGUCGAAAGCGUGAUCACUCUGGAGGAUGAGUGCAACGCUGCAUACGUGAUGGUCAGGCGAAAAAAGGAUGAAUUCAAAGCACUCAAAGAAGCUGAAGAAAGAAAACGGCAAAAAGCCGAUCAAGACGCCAUCAGGGCCAAAGAAAAGGCCGAUCAGGACGCCAUAAGGGCCCAAGAAAAAAUCGAUCAAGACGCUGCAAGAGCACAAGAGAGAAUCAUCCGUCAACAAGAAUUUCAAGAUCAACAGAACUUGUUCCGACAACUGAUUGCCGCCAUUCCAGCAGCAGCUGCACUAGGAGCACCAGCAGCUCCAGCCGCAGUUACAUCGACUAAGCUCCCAAAACGUCAAAUUAAACCAUUCAAAGGGGACGUGCUCGAAUGGACGGCCUUCUGGGAAGGUUACAACGCAGCCGUCCAUGAAUCAGCCAUUCCGGCAGUUCAAAAAUUUGGAUAUCUUAAAGACUACUUGAAAGGUGAAGCACAGCUGUGCGUGGAGAACCUUGAGCUGACAGACGCCAACUACACCGUUGCAGUGAAUCUACUGAAGGCGAUGUACGGCAAACCGGACGUCCUGAUCGAGGCCCACACCCACAAAUUAGCCACGCUGCAACCAGUGAAAGACAUAGCUGAUACCGCGGCGCUCAGGUGCUUCCAGCUGACUAUCCAGUCACAUAUCAAUGCGUUGGAGACACUGGGAGUUGCAAGAACGAGCCACGGAUGCCUCCUUGGAUCAAGCAUUUUACGCUCGAUCCCACUCAAACUUCAAGAAAAGUGGGCAGAAUCCGCAACAAACAAGGUAACAGACAUUGAUCAAGUGUUAAAAUUUAUCGAAGAGCAAGUUGAAGCUGCAGAGCGACUCAGCCGUCUGAGAGCUACUACACCAAAGCCGGCCCAAAAUUCUCCGCAACCGGCAAAAAUAAAACCAGCAACAACACCGACAGCUUCCCAGCUCGGAGUCAGCAGCAAGCCGACUCCACAAACAAACCAUCCAAGCAAAACAAGAAGAAAUGGCAGCCCACCACCACCAAGGAGAGAAGCGACAGCAUCAUCUUCAAGAAAGCCAAUGCUGCCCUGCGUGUUCUGCAAGGAGAUGCAUUGGGCCACGAAUUGCCCAAUGGAGCUGAAAGAAAAAAAGGCAGUCAUCACCAACGAAAGAAGAUGCUCAAACUGCUUCGGUCGACACGAGACCACCGUUUGUUUCAAUCCCCACAGGUGUCAGCGAUGCCGUGCAAAGCACCACACAUCCUUGUGUGCCGAGAAAGAUACCAGAUUCGGAUCCUCAACCAUAAUCCCAAAUAAACCGGCCGCUGGAAGCAGCUCAACUACAGCGUGCGCAAGCUCCUUUGGUGAGAUUAUUCUCAAAACAGCAACCGUUUACAUUUUAGGCCCAUACGGAAAGCAGAUCCGAGCAAUUCUCUUCCUCGACGACGGCAGCCAUAGAACAUGGAUUAAAAAGCAGAUUUCAAGAGAACUUCAACUGAAGAUAAUCCAGGUGGAACAAAUCGCGACCAGGGCCUUCCGCCAGACAGAGGCCCCUCCAGCAGAAACUCACAACGUGGUCGAAAUGACGGUGCGGGGCACCUGGCCAGGAGCCCCAACGGUGCGCAUAGAAGCUUUGGAGGCAACCGACAAAGUAGGAAGCACCGGCACGUACCAAACUACAGAAUUUGCAAGAAAGCUGUGGUUGGAAAAUGAAAAUUUGGCAGACGACCGCUUCGAACGUGAAGGAGGAGACGAGGACGUCGGAAUUCUUGUUGGAAUGGACCAAAUGUUCAACAUCAUGUUCAACGAGCCAGCAAUUACAAGCCCGUGCGGACUCAGAGCCUACAGUUCGAAACUUGGAAAGGUCAUCGGCGGUCCAUCCCAAGAAACAACAUCGAAGCAAAGUCAAUCAAUUGUCAGUCAACUACUAAUCAAUUCAAAUUGCUCUCUACCACAGAUCACCUCACAGCCAUCAGAAAUUUUUAACAGCAUCCAAUCAAACAAGUCGGAAAGCAGGGAGACAGGAAACUCCAGUCUCCUUCCACUACCAGAAAAUUCUGAACAAAUCUGCUUUUUCGACUCAACAAAAGAAAGAAAAAGGUUUGAAAUGGAGAAGUUAAAUUUUGAUAUGUCGUUAUUUUGGCGUCUAGAAAAUUUCGCGAACUUAAACGACUGCGUUGCUGUGGAGAAGAACGAUCAAUUCCGCUCCUUCUGCGAAGAAAUCACGCGAUUUGAAGACGGCAGAUAUUGCACGCCAAUACCAUGGACAACUGACAGAUGGAGACUGGAAAUCAACCACCAGAUGGCAGCAGUAAGACUGAGAAGCAUGCUGCACAAGCUCCGAAAAUCUCCAGUCGACUUGGCCAACUACACAAAAGAAAUCGAACAACUCAUAGCAAACGGAUUUGUAGAAGAGGCUGAUUUCAAUUACGAUGGCCUCCACACUUAUCUACCGCAUCAUCCAGUCUACCGAACAGACAAGGCCACCACAAAAAUCCGACCAGUUUUGGACGGCGCUGCAAGAUCCAAAUAUGGACCGAGCCUCAACGAUGUUCUGGAGACCGGACCAAAUCUUAAUCCUGAUCUCCUCUCGGUCUUAAUGCGCUUCCGGAUGAACCGGAUCGCCUGGAUUGCGGAUAUCGAAAAGACCUUUCUCAACAUCGCGCUGCAGCCCGAAGACGCUGAAGCUGUCAGAUUUUUAUGGCCAAGAAAACCGGAAGAACCCAACUCCGAUUUGCUCGCGUACAAAUGGAAAAGAGUUCCAUUUGGGCUAAGCUCAAGUCCAUUCCUUUUAAGAGUCACUAUUAACAAACAUUUGCUCUCAGUCAAAUCUAGAUUUUCUACGACAGUCGAGCAGAUAGAAGAGCAGCUUUACGUAGACGACUACCUCGGAGGAGCAGACGACGUGCCAACAGCCAUAACUACGGUAGAAGAAACCGUCACGUUAUUCUCAGAGGCCCAACUCAACAUGAGGAGCUGGGCAACAAACAACAAGCAGCUCCGUGACUUUCUCACCGAAAAAGUAAAUGUCGAACCAGAUUGUCGGAAUUCUUUCACCCACAAUAGACGGCCAGCAAAAGGCACUGGGUCUUAG